GCGGUGAGCGAAAGCUUCAGAGUUGUUAUAGCAACGGUUCCAUUGUACCAAUCACUCUUUGAGAAACUCGUCACGUGACCUACAGAAAAGCCCCGUAUGCAGACAAGACGGCAAAAUGUCUCUCUGCUCAAAAGGAGAAAUUUACAGUUAAAAUCCGCUUCAGAUGGGUAGAAUGACAGCUAAGUGAGACAAUAUGCGUUAAUGGCUUCUAGACAUUUUACAGAAGACGUCGGGACGCACGACUCACGUGAAAUUAAAGAAGAGAAAGGAGGAAACGACGGCAGCGACGAUGACUCUACUGCAUCAAGUUACAGUUACACAGGCUCAGGUUUCUCAGAUGACCUAGAGCCAGAAUGGCUAGAUGAUGUCCAGAAGAAUGGUGAACUCUUUUAUCUUGAGCUGAGUGAAGGAGAGGAAGAAGCUCUAUUGGCCCAGGUGACCGCCAGUCAGUCCGCUGCCACUAACCACGUACGUUUCAGUGAAAAGGAGGUGGAGAUUAUCACAGACAGUGGUAAAAAGGAAGCGGAUUCCAGCAAUAAAUCCGAAGCAAAGUUCAAGAAGUUUGCCAAGAUUCUGAGACGAAGGCAAUCAUCUCAAAGAAAAGCAGUAAAUGGAAAAGAGGGAGGAGCUCCCCAACGCCCCACAUCCAUCCUUAAAAAUCAAGCGGGCCAGCGGCCUGGGGUGGUGGUACAUCAGCAGCGUCUGAAGGACGUGUAUGUGUAUCUGAACCCUAAACGACUCUGCAGCUCUUCGCCCCCAUAUCCAGAGAAAGGGGGUCUGUUAGAGGCCUUGCUGGGUGUGGUGCACCGGCCAGGUGGAAAUGCAGGGAAGAGGGGAGAAAAACUCACAAUAAAUGCAUUGGUCCCUCACAGUCCCGCCAGCAAGUGUGCUGACAUUCUAAUCGGUAAGCAUGACAGACAAGGAUGUUGA